AAGUGAUCUGUGUUCCCCUCUCCGACGCUACCGCCGGAGCACCGAGACAUGUUUCAAAAAUGUGUCACAGAGCCUACAGUUCGCUACAGUAACAAACACGGUAAAACAUCAUGAUUCCCAUCACUGAGUUGCGAUAUUUCGCCGAUACCCAGCCGGCGUAUCGGAUUUUGAAGCCGUGGUGGGAUGUCUUCACAGACUACAUCUCCAUCAUCAUGCUGAUGAUUGCUGUUUUCGGGGGAACUCUACAGGUUACCCAGGAUAAGAUGAUCUGCUUACCCUGUAAAUGGGUGGUGAAUCGGACAUGUGAGCACCUGAACGUCAGUGCCACACUCAACCCAGAACCACGAGGCAUUCAGUACGAACUGGAUCGGCACCAGUACAACUACGUGGAUGCUGUGUGCUAUGAAAAUAAGCUCCACUGGUUUGCCAAAUACUUCCCAUACCUGGUCCUUCUUCAUACCCUCAUAUUCCUUGCGUGUUCCAACUUCUGGUUUAAAUUCCCACGCACCAGCUCCAAGCUGGAACAUUUUGUGUCAAUUCUGCUGAAGUGUUUUGACUCUCCCUGGACUACACGAGCCCUGUCAGAAACCGUAGUGGAGGAGAGCGACCCAAAGCCCCCCAGUGGAAAGAUGAACGGAUCGAUGGAUAAAAAGACGUCGAACGUCAGCGAGGACGUGGAGGCUAGUGUGCCCAUGCUUCAGAGGACCAAGUCCAGAAUUGAACAGGGCAUUGUGGACCGGUCUGAAACCGGGGUUCUAGACAAGAAGGAGGGAGAACAAGCGAAAGCAUUGUUUGAGAAGGUAAAAAAGUUCCGUAUCCAUGUGGAGGAGGGCGACAUCGUUUACCGCCUCUACAUCCGCCAGACCAUAAUCAAAGUCAUCAAGUUCAUCCUAAUUAUCUGCUACACCUCCUAUUACGUCGGUUAUAUCCAGUUCCGGGUGGUGUGUGCUGUGGACAUUGAGAAAUUGACUGGUUACAGUAUGUAUUACUGUGCUCACCCUCUUGCCACCCUCUUUAAGAUCUUAGCCUGCUUCUACAUCAGUCUGGUCGUGGUCUACGGCCUUAUAUGCAUGUACACGUUGUGUUGGAUGCUGCGACGAUCCCUCAAACGCUACUCCUUUGAGUCGAUCCGCGAAGAGAGCAGCUACAGCGACAUCCCGGACGUGAAGAACGAUUUCGCUUUCAUGCUGCACAUGAUAGACCAGUACGACCCGCUUUACUCCAAACGAUUCGCCGUUUUUCUGUCGGAGGUCAGCGAGAACAAGCUUCGUCAGCUCAACCUCAACAACGAGUGGACUCUGGAGAAACUACGGCAACGCAUCACCAAGAACUCGCAAGAAAAGCUGGAGCUCCACCUCUUCAUGCUCAGCGGUAUUCCCGACACCGUGUUCGAUCUCGUGGAGCUGGAGGUCCUGAAGCUGGAGCUGAUCCCGGAUGUCACCAUCCCGCCUAUCAUCGCUCAGCUGGCCAACCUCAGGGAGAUGUGGCUGUAUCACACCCCCGCUAAAAUCGAAGCCCCUGCCUUAGCCUUUCUCAGAGAGAACCUGAAGUCUCUGCACAUUAAGUUCACAGACAUUAAGGAGAUCCCGUUGUGGAUCUAUAGCCUGAAGAACCUCAGUGAGCUCCAUCUGACUGGUAAUCUCAGUGCCGACAACAACCGCUUCAUUGUCAUUGAUGGGCUACGGGAACUGAAGAGCCUUAAGGUUCUGAGGCUGAAGAGCAACCUGACCAAGCUGCCUCAGGUGGUGACGGAUGUAGGAGUGCACUUGCAGAAGCUCUCCAUCAAUAAUGAGGGGACAAAGCUGAUGGUGCUGAACAGUCUGAAGAAGAUGGUGAACCUGACGGAGCUGGAGCUGGUCCGUUGUGACCUGGAAAGAAUUCCCCACUCCAUCUUCAGCCUCCAUAACCUGCAGGAGAUUGAUUUGAAGGACAACAAUUUGAAGACUGUUGAGGAAAUCAUCAGUUUCCAGCAUCUCCACAGGCUAGUGUGUCUGAAGCUUUGGUACAACCAGAUCGCUUACAUUCCCAUCCAGAUCGGCACCCUGACCAACCUGGAGAGGCUCUAUUUAAACCGAAAUAAGAUCGAGAAGAUUCCCAGUCAGCUCUUCUUCUGCCGGAAACUCCGCUUCUUGGACCUAAGUCACAACAACCUGACCAGUAUUCCCCCUGACAUAGGCUUCCUCCAGAACCUGCAGUACUUCGCUGUCACAGCCAACCGGAUCGAGUCUUUGCCUCCAGACUUGUUUCAGUGUAAGAAACUGCGGACACUGAACUUGGGGAAUAACUGUUUAACGGUUUUGCCGUCCCGGUUCGGUGAGCUGACGGGUCUGACCCAGCUGGAGCUUCGGGGAAACCGGUUAGAAGGGUUACCAGUCGAACUGGCCGAAUGUCGACUCCUGAAACGAUCGGGACUCAUCGUGGAGGAAGAUCUCUUCAACACACUUCCCACGGAGGUUAAAGAACAACUCUGGAGGGCUGACAAAGAGCAGGCCUGAACAAGAGAGAGGGAGAGAUGGAGUAAGGAGUCUGUUUUUGAGGAUUUGGCCACACUUUGGUUAAAUUUUAUAUUAUCUUUUUUUUUUUUUAAGUUCAGUUGUUUUUUGGUUUUCUUUUAUAUUAUCAAACGAAAGUACAAGGUUGAUCCUUGUCAGAGAUGAAAAGAAGAGUAUAAUUGGGUGGAAUGUAUGAUUGAGGGAGAGAGGGAGAGAGAGAGAGAGAGAGUCACGUUUUUGUACUUAAAACUCUGCACGGGAAUGAGGAACGAUUCUGUGUGAAUGUGUCAGUGCCCCCAGUUCUGUUUCUGUCUGCGCACGUACACACUUUCACAGUCACACGCAGUGCAAAGUCCUCUCCUACACUGCCCCCUACAGUCACAGGGUUGCAUGUCUGCACCGAGAGAUGGAGGACUAAGUGUGUGGACAUAUCUGAGGAACUGUGGGAGGAGGUGUCAGUUCCACAAACGGCGUUCCUGACUGCCAUAACAGUGUGGUUGAACCAGGGUUUUCUUCACCAGGGCAAGGCACCACAAACGUCCGAAUCAGCAUCCACAAACUCAUUAGAUCUAUAAACAAAUCCACACUGUCCUCAAAAAUCUACACACAGAUUCUCAGAACAACUCCCAAUCUACAAAGUAUUCAAAACCACAUGCACACACACAAAACUCUACAUGCAAUAUAACCAAUCCAGGAACUACAGAAAGUGUAUAAAAAGAAACACACACAACUACACACUCAUUAAAGCCCAGAGAAGCUGAGAAAGCACUCCAUUACAGGAUUCAGUGCAUGGGAGACAAGGAAGAGGUUAUACAUCACACACUAAGUCAGCAAGGUUGGCGUGUCGGAAGAGGAAGACGAUGAAGAGGAUUUUUUCUUUACGUAUGUGCUUUUUGUUGGAUGUCCAAACUGGUCAACUCAAAAAAGGGAAUUUAUAAAGUGCAUUUCAGUGCCCUCCUGGUAAUAAAUGGCCUUAAACACUCCCUACCCAUUAAGGGCAAAUGAACAACAGAACAAACUGACCAUCUUUGUUUAUACUGUUAUGAUUUUCCAAAAAAAGAGAGAAAAAAACAGUGGUAAAAAAUAGAAACUGAAACUGAAAACAAAAAUGUACAUGUA